AUGGCUCUCAAGCAAGACACUUUCAGUAUUAGCGCCGCUGCUAAGACUCACAUCGUCUCCUAUUCCGCCGAUCUCACCUCACCUGUCUUCCAAAAUACAACCGAGCGCGCUGCCAAAAUGGCUACCUACUACCUCCCAACUAUUUCGUUCUUUGCUGGCGGAAAUAUUACCCAACUAUCCGAUCCUUUGCGCUAUGUGCCACUGAUCUCCGGGCCUCUGGACAGACUGAAAGGACUCCCUGAAGUGAGAGGACACAGAGUUGGGGCCGUAGGCGAGAACAGUGCAAUUAUUUGGCUUUCCUUGCAGAUAGAUGGAAUCGAGAUUUCUAAUGUCUAUUUCUUCAGGAGGACGGAUAAUGGAGCUGACGGGUUCGAGGGUGGUAUUUUUGAUGGGGAGAUGUGGCUAUUAAAGCAGCUGGGGAAUAAGUAG